AUGUAAUCCUUGCUAUGUGUAAGGGUACAGCAAAGGAAUGUAUGGAGAAAAGCGAAUGAUAUCAACAAUGAAAUAUCAAUAUAUUAGUGCGAAGCAGUCAACGGCAUAAAAGAUUUACAGUCUCAUAUUGCAGAGGACAAUUCCUAUGAAAAAUUUGAGACAUGCUUGAAUAAGAGUUUUGCAGCAGGAAAGCGUUUAAAAUUUGCUAAGACUUAAUGCCCAAAUUCUGCAGCUUAAUUUGCGAUUAUGAUUUUCAACUCUGCUUAAUCUUAGUCCUACAUAUCAAUAGACUUUAAAAAAAUGAUCAAUAAAUUAGUCAAAUUCAUUUCCCUCUAAUUUUACAAUGUCUCUGUUUGCUUUGAACAAUUCUUGUCAUAAUUCCAAGCAUUAUACCAUACUUAUUAAAUAUUUUUGAAUUUGUUUAAAAAAAAAUGCGAGAUUAAGACAAUUAAAUAUUGA